AUGCUAGAUUGUCCACGCAGUCCAUCCACAUCCCUAGCAUCGUCCUCAGGACGAGAGACAGGAUCCACCGGCAAGGAUCAAGGUAUCAGCGGUGUUGCCAGCAGUGCUGAACGUUUGAAUGAAUCAACUUCAAGUUCACCAAGAAAGCGAGAAGAUUUUGUUGAAUGGAUAUAUUUCCGUGGCAAAACAUACCGUAGCAGUGGCGGCGGAAACUUUGUAGAGCGCGUUGCAGGAAAAUUUGCUGAAAAGGGGUGUGGUCUAAACGAGAUUGGACCACGCCCCUUUUACCCAAUCGCAUUAACAGACUUCUACAAUUUUGAAGUAUUGAGAAAUUAUGUAUCAACAACUGAAAUUUGUUUUGUGCAUUCAAUAAUGCACUGCAGUCAAAAAUUUUGAAA